AUGGACCCUGGACCUCCCGACUCCAAGCGACAGCGCAUCAGCCCAUGGUCAACUGCCUCGCAUCAAGGCAACGUUCUACCGCGACCUCAUAGUACCACCAACCCUCUCCCUCCCGUCCGAACCACCGCGAGCCAUCACCACCCGAGCACGGCCUACCCGCCAUACUCACCUCAUCGUCCCGUCGAUCAUCAUCACCAACCACCGCCGCCACCACCACCACCACAGCAGCAGCACCACCAACAUCAGCAACAACGGCAACAGGCGCAAGCACCGCCACCGCUACAGCCUCACUCUUCUGCGCCGCCCACACCUCUUCAUCACCCUUCUGCCGGCGCGCCGCCCUUGCACCCCGAGUCAACAGAGCGGCGCAAACAUGACCAAGAGCCUUAUGCUCCAAUGAACGAACACUACCAACAUCAGCAUCACGCACACCAGCACCAGUCGCACCAUCCUCCUGCCUCGCCGGCGCGCAAUGCCUACCAUCCCUACCCGCCUCGCGAGCCAGCAAGCGUAAAGCGCGAGCAUCCCGCCGAGGAUCCUCAUCGACCAAACUCGACGGGCCAUGCGCCUGAAGGAAUAUCGCACCCAUCGCAUCCUGCCUCCAAUCACCAUCAUUCGCUGCCACCGCCUGCGAACUAUCCCGAUGGCCAGCCGCGGCAUCUGAGCUAUGACAACGGCUCGUCGAUGCCUCCAACACCUGGCGGCUAUCGACCACCACAACCGCCGCCGCCGCCGCCGCCGCCGGCCUCCUAUGGGCCUCCGACCACGACGCCCAUCCCGACCCAGGGUAGCUACGAAUCCCAGAACCAGUAUCCAUACGAACCCGCCGUCUACAACGUAGCGUACUCGGUUCCGUCCAAGAAGAAGAAUACGCGCGCCUCACAAGCAUGCGACCAAUGUCGCACGCUCAAGGCAAAGUGUGAUGAAACAAAGCCAUGUAAGACAUGCAGGGACAAGGGACUGGAGUGCAAAUACCGAGAUCCGAUGCCGAAGGCCACGGACAAGGCACAAGCCGAUCUAUUAGACGGGGUGAACGCGAUCCACAACACCUUGACGGCGCUUGCCGAGCAGUUCAGCAGCUUCGAAAACCGCUUGGUCAAGGUAGAGACCAAGGUAGACACAAAUUUCACACAAGGCGCUGCGCCACCAUUGUUCAAAGCCUCGUCCACGAAUGACGAAGGCAUCAAGACCCGACCUCAAUCGCCGAGCCUGCCGAAUGGAGCUUCUGGGUACUAUCCCCAGGACUACCCUAGCAAUGGGACCAUGGGGCCCGAGCAGGCCGCGGCUAUGAGAAUGAUGGCAGAAGAUGUGGGCGAGACUGAGCCAGGCCCUCCUGUCCCACCUGGCGAGCCCGCCAUUCCCAUCAACCACACUACGCUGGCUGGGCUUCUACUCGAGUGGCCAUCCAUUCGAGACCUGACCAAGGUUCACGUUGAGCGAGAAGGCAUCAAGUACGUCAGCGAAUACCCCAUCGGCCUCGAGCAACAGCGAGGUCCGCUGAUUGUCUAUGGUCGCGGCGAAGACUCCCAUGCCCAGCGGUACAGCCGCGAGCCCACCGAGAGUGGUGCUGCUGACGUCCCCGACGAUGCGUCGGACGCGGCGUCUCCCUCCGACUCGGCUGACUUUGGCUAUCUGGGUGGCUUACAAUCCCCGGAGCCAAUCGAGUACAGGGGAGGCGUACUCCGGUCUGAUGGCAAUCCUGACUUUUCAGAAAGUAAGGUCUGGUCAUAUAUCACGAGCUUCAAAGCGAACAUACUCAACAUGCAUCCUAUUCUGGACCUGGACAUGGUGGACCACAAAGUCCUUCACUUCCUGGCAUCGCUACCGCCUGCACAGCCGCGGUCGACAAAGCCCCAUGCUGCGAAACCAUCCUUUGCGAUUUCCACCCACCCUCAGACUCCUGCUGAAUCCACGGGAUCCAAGAGAAAGAGGACACCAGAACCGGACGGCCCAGACGAUCCGCCGACGCCGGCACCGGGGCGAUCUGGAAAGCCCAAGAGGUCUAUCCAGAACGCCCUGGUCCUAACCAUCUUAGCCCUAGGGAAGAUUUGCCAGCACCGGGACUCCAUUCCUGAUGCCGUGCUUUCCUCGCAAGCGGAGCCAGGAACAUCCGCCAGCCCCAUGGUUCGAAAUGGCAUCCCGCAGUCUCCGACCUUCUCAUCGCCUCCAGGCUACUCCUCGCAACCGCAUUCCUCCACCAGGCCUUCGCCGAGAGACCAUAUCGACCGGACCACUCACAGCAGGCGCGGUUCAUUCCAUGGUACUUCGAUUCCUCGGUCGGCUGGAUACAGCCUAAAGAAGAACUACGACAUGAUCCCAGGCUUGGAAUAUUUCGCUUAUGCCUCUGACAUUUUGGGGAAUUUCAACGGUGCCUAUAAUAGCAUGGAUGAGGUCUACGCCAACAUUUUCGCCGGUCUCUACUAUGGGCAGUUGAAUCGGCCACUGGAAAGCUUUUCCUUCAUUCACCGUGCUGGGCACAAACUGCAAGUGAUCAUGCGCCCGAGCUUCGACAAGCUGCGCGGCUUCAAGCAACGUAGCGAGCUGAUCACCCAGUCCCGAUACAACCGUCUCGCCCUGGCUUUCUGGACAUGUUUGCAACUAGAGGCCGACCUUAUCGCCGAGCUUCCUAUGCCACCCUCGGGAUUGCUUUCGUACGAAGAAGACAUGCCCCAUCCUAACAUGAGCCUUGUCAGGGGGUACGACCAGUACAUUCUUGACAGCUAUCUGGGUCAGCUGUAUCUCCGGACGCAUCUGAACAGCAUCCAUCGCAUGUUCUACGCACCUGAGGACCCCCAGAAACCUACACAGGAUAAGUUCAAAAAGGUGGCCAUGGUAGCAGAAGCAGUGUCUAGCAUGCACUGGGUCUCGCCAAAUUUCGCAUUUAGCGAAGAAGAUCCACCAGCGACGGAUAUCCUUGCGGCGCGUCUCCGGGCCAAGUACUGGGGAGCGCGAAUGAUCACGUACCGACCCUUCAUCCGCCAGAUCCUUCAUUUCACGCAUGCACUUCGGCAACAUCCCUCGAGUCCUAAUCCGUUGAUGUUCCCUGAAGUUUUACAGGGGACCACUGUCCCGGCGAUCGACCCCGAGGCCAAGUCAGUGAGCGAUAUCGACCCUGCCUUGAUCGAUCUGGCCAGCAAGGGCAUAAAGGCCUUGGUGGAGAGCACGCGGGCCUUCCACAACCUUGAUGGCGGCCGGCCCAUCAUCACCAACGUGUUCGGCACUGCACACGCGCAGUGGGGCAACCUCCUGGUCCUCUCCGCAGCAUUCAGGGAGCCAGUGCUGCAGCAGUUCAUCAACGAAGACCUCCUCAAGAUUCUGUUCGAGCGGACGAUAGGCUUCUUGAGACAGUCUGCCACCAAUUCGAGUUCCCUGCGCACCGACCUACACAUUCUGGAAGGGCUGCGUCGAGAACUCUUUUACAUCCCUGAACCCCAGACGAGCUCGAGCUUUUCCUCCAGCCAUGCGAGCAUGCACACGCCCACAAUGGGCAACAUACCAUACGCAGUCAACUACACCACACAGCCAGUUCGACCGGGACAUUUGGAUGGACAUUGA